AUGGGAGAAAAGGGAAAGAUGCAAGAUGAGAAACCACAGGACAAGACAGAGCAGUCUGUGAGCAAAGUAAUUGAGAGGAACCGUCUGAGAAUGGUGUUAAAAAACUUGUCACUUUUGAAGCUACUCAAGAGCUCGAACCGCCGGAUUCAACAACUGCAUAACCUGGCCAAAAGAUGUUGGAAUUCACUGCUCAGUGUUCCAAAGAUCCUCCGCAUCUCCUCUGGGGAAAACAGUGCCUGCAAUAAAGCGAAACAAAAUAAUGAAGAGUUCCAGGAGAUCGAGAGUUCCAAGAAGGAGCUCAGGUCCAAGAGAUUAGAGUCCACAGGGGACUCUAAGAAGAAAGAGUACAAGGAGUGGAAGCCCCAGGUGCAGUCAGGGAUGAGGAACAAGGCAAAAACGUCAUUGGCAGCAAUGCCAUGGAAAGAAAAGCAGGUAGAGCCUGAGGUUCCAGGGACACCGAGGGGCCAAGGCUUGAACCCUGAAGCCCAGGGGAGGCAACCACUCACUGAGGGCCUCCGAGUCAUCGUCAUUAAGCCCCAGCACCACAGAACUCCCAUGGGGGAUAGGAAGCAGCUGGAUGUGGCCGACCAGUGGAUCUGGUUUGAGGGGCUGCCCACACGAAUCCACCUCCCGGCACCCCGGGUGAUGUGCAGACCCUCCACCCUGCGUUGGGUCAAGCGCCGCUGCACCCGCUUCUGCUCCGCAUCACUUGAAAUGCCUAUGUGGCGUCCAUACAAGGUGGGUGAUAUGACCUGGAUGGGAGCCAGAGGUGCGAAUAGAGGGUGGAGAUCGCACAAUCAGCUGAAGGGGAAGGAUGAGUGGGGAAAUUCACGAGUCUACAAAUAA